AGGCAGCCCUGUCACAAUGAAAACAGUUAGAGAAUGCGUAUAAACUAAUGUAACGUUUUAAUAAAUCGGAUCUAGCGGGAUGUCAGUGUUCCUCUGGCUUCUUGAACAGACUGAAAGCUGCUGUGAACUGCCUGAUAAACCACAGCUUUCUAUCUCUGCCCACUGCUACCUGCAACCUCUCUUGUUUGCUUUCAAACCAAGGCGUAGCUCAUCUUGAACAAGCCAAACUCUUUGUGUUCAUUUCCCGAAUAUCGCGAGAUUUGGCUCACCAUCGAAAAAGUGUAUAUUUUUUUCCGGCGCAGAAAUGUGACGUGUAAACGCAAGGCGCAUAUUUAUACACUGGAGGUGUUUCUAAUAAGUUGAUAGGGUCCAGCAGCACAAUUUUCCAUAGCAGAGAAGAUGCACAACUGGCAGGAGAACGAAAUCAAAGAACUUUUGACCAUUCGGGGGUCGGAAGCGAUCCGUCACCAGAUCACGGGCACGGUGAAGGACUCCGUAGUUUACAACCGGAUGACUAAACUGCUAGCAGAGAGGGGUGUGUACAGAUCUCAUAUGCAGGUGAUCAGCAAACUGAAGGCGCUGAGGAAGCAGUACACCAAGUAUCACCAGCAGAAGAUCCGCUGCGGGAGCGACCGCGUCGACUGGCCCUUCUAUGAGCAGUGCCACCGGGCUUUCGGGAAUUCCCCUCCCCUGGGGAACCCGGUGAAACGGCACAGGAGUCCCACGCCCCCAUCCGCACCAUCACCUCCGCCGCCACCUCUUCCCCCUCCUCCGCCGGCGCCGGCUGCCAUCAACGAGAAGCAUCAGGAUGUUGUAGUCAGCCUCUGGGACGAAGUUGACGACAGGGAGAUCAAUAAACAUCUGGGUCCGGUGGAGAUAGACGACGACGAGGAGGAGUAUAGCCCAUCAGAACAGUUACAUCCCAUCAAAACCAAUGGUUUGUACCAUCUCUCUCAUUUUCUAGCAUACACAGUUCCAGAGGAGAAGAAAAGACGGAAAACGACAGUGAUGGAGCAAGUCUCUACUUUAGUGUCUGCGACAGUUGCACAGCUCAGAGAGAUGGACGCUUCCAUGCAGGCGCAGGAGGACGCGCGGCUACAGAGGCUCAUGGACCAUGAAAAGGAAAUGCAGAACAAUCUACUGAGUCAGCUUGUAGCCAUGCAUGAAAGGAUCAGCCGAGAAAACCACGAGAGACACCUUGAACUCGUGGACAGGAUACUCUCUCGGUUCCCUCCGUCUUCCGCACGUCCAGGGCCCUGAUUGACACUUGGUGUAUGAGUGACGACGGCGCACGGCAGGGUUCUUCAGGUGUAGGGAACACUUCUGUUUCUCUUCCACCAGCUGACCAGUGCCUAAACCCAGCAUUAAUUUUGUUUUCACUGUAUUUUUCAACAGUGUUACGCCACUGAGAUCAUCUCACCUUUAACAUUAAACUGUGCUCAUACAGAUCAUGCUCACUCUACCAUACCACUGUGAAGUGUCAGUGGUGCCAUAAAGGCACACGAGUGCAAAGGAAUAAUAACAAAACUAUCCGUUCGCUAGACAAACAGCUAAAACAGUCAGAAAACAUUUAAUGAAGUCCAUUUAAAUUGGCUAGCUGCUCAGCUAGCUUGAAUUGGUGGAAGUAUACCAUGUAUGUAUAAUCAUGUAGAGCAUAUCGAAACAUAACCAGUAAUUUUAUGAAGUGUCGUUAUUCCAUAUUGACUUUAAAGCCUGAAAACAGGCUUUAAAGUCUUUGCAUGUGUGAAUUAGAUCAUCAGAUAUGAGUCAUGUGAGGCUGAAACCUGCAAUGUGAGCAUAGCCUUCAGUAAAUAUGGGGGGGGGUCCCAAAAAAUGUAAAGCGGUGUGUGAUGGAUGUUUUGUAUUUGUUCUGCUACAUCACCUGAACAUGUUGGUGUUAACAGUGAACCAGACUUGGCAGCAAAAGCAAAACAAGUCACAUUCUCAGCUGCUACCUUUUAUUGUGGGGAAACUCUUUACUAAGCGUUUGCUUUCAUUAGGGAUCAUCAUGCUUUAAGAGCUGUUCUAAAGUGACGUCACUAAACUGGGAGCGCUGAUCAAAAACGAUAAAUGUUAAUGGAUAUUGUUGUAAAAAAAAAGGAGAGACAUACACAGUAUCUGUUAAAGUUUUAAAAUUCAGAUAUUUAUUAGAAUUAUCAAUUAAGAAAUAUUAUUUAAAACAAAACAACUAAUGGUACACUAAAAUGGCUUGCAGUUAAAGCUCAGUUGUCGCCAUUCUUGGUGUUAUUCUUGGCUGACACGAAAUUCCCGGUUGCGUUUACCGUCGUCAGCAAUCCGGGAGAAAACGUGUCAUUGAGGAAAAAACACCUUGUGUGUCAGACUGCAACAUCAGAUUUCAGUCGCUGCAUUCCAGUAUAUCCCGUUCGUGGAAACGCAGCACUAAACACAGGCUCCACAGGUGUUUCACUUUCGAAACCAAACUGUAACUCCACCUUGAAUUGUGAGCUUUUAGCACUGGCUUGUAUGAAUCAGAACAGGUGGACCAUAACAUGACUUCUAUUGGUUUUAUAGGUGUGGCUCAGUUAGCUGGGAUGUGUCAUUUUAUUGUAGAUACUUUUAUACUGUUACAAGUGUCUUACUGUGGCAGAUUCAUUCUUCUUUUUUCAUUUAUUGAACAAUAAAGUUUAACUGUA